AUGUCACAAUUUGCUUUCCCCAGGACUGGCAGUCCAUCCCACAGACCUCAUCCAACUGGCCCAUCCAUUAAGCCCCGGCCAAGUCGCUGGUAUCUCCCUGUUGUCGCAGCGGUCGGCCUCAGUUUUGCCGGCUACAAUUACUUCAUCGAAGCCAAAUCAAGGCAUGAAAUCGCCAUGAUUGAAGAGGAAAAGCGAUUGGCCCGCAACCAACAACUCAUGGACGCCUACGGGAGCAAAGAAUCUCUGUUGGACGUGCAACAAGCCCUUGACGCGUAUCACUCUCGAUAA